UAUUAGGUUUGGAAGUAGAUCAUCAUUCAAUGAUUGCUCUGUAUAUACAUAUAGAGAUAUGUGUAGAGCAGGCUGCAUCUUUCCUAUGGAAACGCCACACCUGCGCUUCAGCCCUCUGUCCACAACUCUAUCUAACGGGAGCACACAAAGAACUCAGACUCAUGAACUUAAAAAUGCUGUAAAACUGAACCCACCCCAGAAUGUGACGGUGCAGUGGAGUAAUUCUACUGGGGACGUGCGUCUGCUGUGGGCCCUUGGCAAGCCUAUUAAAGAGCAGUGCGUGGAGACUCACUUCUCUUUCCGCAGGGGCGAAGGGCCGUGGCAGGACCCCUACCCAAUUUCCAACAACUACCAAUUCCCAGUCUCUCAGACGCGACGAUACCAGUUCCGGGUCCGACAUCGCUACAAUAACAACUGUGGGGAGUCAUACUGGAGUGAUUGGAGUGAGACUGUCCCCUGGGGUCCUAUCAAGCCUCCCCAGGAACCAGGCAACUCGGAGAAAUCUAAGCAGGCCAAAGACCUACGGGGCCUGUACGUAGCGAUCGGGCUGGUGGCGGUCUUCAUCAUUCUGGCUGUGUUGACUCGACUGCUGCUGGACUGUGAGAGGAUAAAGGUGAUCCUUGUGCCAGUUGGUCCUGAUCCUGCGAAGAAGCUCAAUGACCUCUUCCUUGAGUACAGUGGCAAUGUGGAGGGAUGGGUACGAAUAUCUCCGCAACUGAGGGACGCCUUUGAUCCUGACUACACAGAGUCCACUUGCGAGGUCACGGGUGAUGACCCAACAGGCUGUGUAGUAGACGAAUUACCUCAGAGCCCAGUGUCAUCGCAAUCAAAUCACAGUCAGUAUCAGAAGUAUUCUGCUUGAGGAAAAAACUUCUCAGAUUUGACCAAGAGAAACACUUGUGGUGUCUGUGUGCAGGGAUAUUGCUAUUACAUCUAAUUGAAAUACAUUUUGAAAUACAAAAUACUAUUGAAUUAAGUGAGACUAAGUGAAUUACAUGUAUUUGUAUUUUGUAUCAAAAUACUUUCAUCCAGUAUUUUGUGUAUUUCUACAACAAACUACAAAUAGGCUACAAAUACUUUGUUCUAAAGAAUGUUAUUACACAAUAUGAACACAAGAUGGUGCUGUAGGUUAAAAAGUAUAUGAAUGCCCCUAGCUGAAUUGGAGGCACAUGCUUGGAUUUCUUAAAGGUACACUGUGCAGGAAAUGGUCAAAAAAGGUACUGCAACUAUGCUGCUCAUUGAAACUGGGCUGCCUAUUGCCAAAUUUGAUCUUUCCAUGAAAGUUUACUAGGUAAUAAACAAAUAUUUUCUAGUAUGGUCCAAGUAGAGUCAUUUUUGCAGCUAAAAAUGGCUAUAUUGGGAAAUUCAAAAUGGCGGACCAUGGAGAAGAUCCCCCUUUUCAUGUAUGAAAAGUGCAAUUUUUCCAGUCAUAAUGAAUACUUAGAAUUUGAUGGUGGUGGUAAGUAUUUAUGAAAAAGGUAACAUUAGUGAAUGGGCAGCAUGAAUUCUGGAAAUAAACAACUAAAAAUCUCACACAGUGUCCCUUUAAGCCUUGACUGCACAGGAAGUUCAAUUUGAUUCAAGGUGAUUGGCUAAUCAUUUAAUUCAUUCCUCAAUGAGGUGUUAAUGUUUUCCCCAUGUCAUUCAAACCUGCUUUCAGUUUGCCAUUUAGGGCCUUUUGUGUAGAAUUGAGAUAUUACCUGUGCAUAUUGUUUUAAAACUAGCUGUAUAAUGUUACAUUUAAAUAUAUCAUAAAAGCUCAAUUGUAAAGUCUUUGUCUCAUUUGCAAUUGGGAUGGUGAAUGAAAAACAGUCCCCUAAAAGUUGUUGUGGCUAGGCUGACAGCUGGGAAACCUAAUUGUUUUCUCCACGGAGGAUGGGCCAGGUGGCGGGGCGAGGCCACAAGCACAAGUGGAGGAAGCAAUGUUGCAUAUUGGAAUGCACUCAUAGAGCCAACCAGUAUAGUUGCAAUACCCACUCUGGCCACCAUGCUAUGGCACUGCCAUGUUAAUUCAGACAAAUUAAGUCAAGAGUGAAGGGUGACCAGUUGAGAGAUGUUCUCAUUUGCAGGAUGUUCUCAUUUGAGAGGAUACACUUUUUUUGUAGAACUCACUUGUUUACCACCACACAUGCUUGACACCAUCUAAGCAAAUUUGUUUAUCUUGGUCUCAAGAGAGAUGAACAGACCAAGGAUAUGAAUCACUGGAACCAUGUUGUGUGAUCUGAAGAGACCAAGAUAAACAAAUAUGAUUUAGAUGGUGUCAAGCAUGUGUGGUGGUAAAUAAGUGAGUUUUACAAAAAAAGUGUAUCCUAUCAAAAGCCAAGCAUGGCAGUGGGACUGACAUGGUUUGGGGAUGCAUGGAUGCUGUCAACAUUGGUAAUCUGAAAUAUACCUUAAAGAAACAUGCAUGUCAACAUGCACUGUGACUACUGAAGCAGAUCAUGAUAUUCUCCAUAGGAUUGCAUUCAAAUCUCACACCAAUCUAUUUAAGCCAGAUGCAGACUCAAAAUUUAAAAGUUCAAUGCAAAGAAAGGUUGAAACGCACACUGAUGACCUCCCUUUUCAUCCCUUUUCAUUUCGUUUCAUUUCGAGACGAUUCGAGCCAACACAGCCCCUUCUCUACUGGAUUUGAAUCUGGGGUGUACUCACUUUUGUGAGUACAUGUUCAAACAUUAAUGGCUGUAUUUUGUUUUUUUUUCUGAGUGAGCAAGAAAUUUAAGCUGUUAAAUAUGUUGUUAAAAGGUCACUAAUCAUUGUGUCAAAGUGAAAUUUCUGUAAAGCUUUCCUAUGAAAAGAUAUACUCACAAAUCUGCAAAAACUGUGAGGGGUGUAUUCACUUUCAUGAUAUACUGUAUAAUGCAGUUUUUAAUUAUUUGGAACAUUGUUUAGUGUAUUUUUAUAUACAUAUCAUUUUUGUAUUCAUUCUUUACUAUUUAUUCAAUUAUUUAUUUUGUUUUGCUAUACUUUUCCUGCUAACCUGCUUUGAAAAGCACUGCUGUAGAGAACUAACACCGUCUCUGUGUGUGCUGGAGAGAACUGACAUGAGAUGUUUGUGGUCGAUUGGAUGGGUGAUGGGGAAAUCCUGGAAAAACUGGCAGCUAUAGUCCUUGUCCUACCUUUGGUUAUGCGUACUGUAAUCCUUCAAUACAUUUUGUAUUUAAUAAAGUCUAUUUUGAUUGUUUUCAGAUGGUG